UCUCUAUCAGCCAUUUUGGCUUUCUUCGGUUCUGUCACUGAACUCAAUCAGCGCUACCCUAGAAAUUUUAUCAAACUUAGAUCGGAGAUUGGAGAGGAGGAAUUCCGUUUCACUCAUUGGCCGCUGGAAAAAACAAUUGCUUCGCUUAAAUCAGUGACAAGAGAUUCUGUUAGAUAGAGAAAUCUAAAAGGCAAACACACUCCCAAAACAACGACUUUGAGCCUUCGUCUUCGUCAUCUUCUUCUUCUCUCUUCUCAAUCGAUGCCCUUCUCUCUCAUUCCCUCUCCUUGAUCCGUACAACUUCGGUUUCCCUCAUCCCUUUUCCUAUUCAUCGGCCAUCUCUGUCAUUGGUGGGUUCUCUUCUUCGUCUAUGUCCUAGAGAGAGAAAACAGGUACAGAAGGAGUGGUAGUAGUGGAGGACUGAGUGAGUAGUACAUUUUUGGAGGAAGUUGUAGUCUGUAACAGAAGACAAUGGACUCAGACGAAGGGAAGUUAUUCAUUGGUGGAAUAGCAUGGGACACGACGGAGGAGAAGCUCGCCGAUUACUUUGGUCAGUAUGGUGAAGUUACUCAAACUGUAAUAAUGCGUGAUAAGACUACUGGUCGACCUAGGGGUUUCGCCUUUGUUGUUUUCUCUGAUCCUUCUGUACUUGAUAAUGUUCUUAGCGAAAAACACACAAUUGAUGGUCGAGCUAUGAGUCUUGCCACUGAUUCACCUGUCAAUUCAUCUAGUAGUGACGACUUUGCGUCGUUUCUUGAUACUGCACUUGAGUCUAAUUCUUCAGAGUCUUCACCAAAAGGAGAAAUUGAGGAAGCGGAAGAGGAAGAGGAAGAGGAGGAUAUUGAUGUGGAAAGGGUGAAACGGAGGAAGGUGGAGAAAUUAGAAAUCAUUAAGGAAAUUUGUGGGUCGACUUUGCAGGAAUCUGAAGAACAAAAAAUAGAGGAUUCAGCAAAGAUAGAUGCAUGCACACAUCCUGGUUCUUUUGGAAAUAUGUGUAUUCUUUGUGGUCAGAGGUUAGAGGAGGAGUCUGGUGUGACAUUUGGUUACAUUCACAAGGGAUUAAGGCUUCAAAAUGAUGAAAUUGUUCGAUUACGAAGCACAGACAUGAAGAACUUAAUACGCCAUAAAAAGCUGUGUUUGGUUCUUGAUCUUGACCACACACUGCUAAAUUCCACUCAACUUGUACAUAUGACAUCAGAGGAGGAAUACUUAAGAACCCAAGCAGCUACUCUUCAUGAUGUCUCUGACGGGAGCAUCUUCAUGUUGGAGACUAUGCAUAUGAUGACGAAGUUAAGACCAUACGUUCGGAGUUUUUUAAGGGAAGCAAGGAAUAUGUUUGAAUUAUAUAUAUAUACAAUGGGAGACCGGCCUUAUGCCUUAGCAAUGGCCAAGCUGCUUGAUCCUAAAAAAGAAUAUUUUGGCGAUAGAAUAAUAUCAAGGGAUGAUGGCACUGUGAAGCAUCAAAAGGGUCUUGAUGUGGUGCUAGGUCAAGAAAGUGCUGUCUUGAUCCUUGAUGAUACAGAAAAUGCUUGGUCGAAGCACAAAGAUAAUUUAAUACUUAUGGAAAGAUAUCAUUUCUUCAGAUCAAGCUGCCAGCAAUUUGGUUUCAAUUGUAAGUCCCUCUCUGAGUUGAAGAGUGAUGAAAGUGAGGUCGAAGGAGCUCUUGCGACAGUUCUCAAUGUACUUAAACAAGUGCACAGUAUGUUUUUCGAUGAAUCGGGUGGAGAUCCUAUCGACAGAGAUGUGAGGCAGGUGCUGAAAACUCUUCGGAAGGAAAUCUUGAAGGGAUGUAAAAUUGUUUUUAGCCGAGUUUUUCCCACCAAAUGUCAAGCUGAGAAUCAUCAUCUCUGGAAGAUGGCAGAGAAUUUGGGUGCUACUUGUGUAACAGAACUCGAUCCAUCAGUGACUCAUGUGGUCUCGACAGACGUUGGAACAGAGAAGUCUCGAUGGGCUCAGAAAAAGAAAAAGCUUCUGGUUCAUCCAAGGUGGAUUGAAGCCUCAAAUUAUAUGUGGCAAAAGCAAUCUGAAGAGCUUUUUUCUAUUAACCAAGUGAAAAACCAAUGACAUUCUUUGAUUGCUCCUAACUCAGACUAGUUUAUAUGACCCUUUUUGAGAUCAUACUCUUGCACAUGGUAUAAGUAAGUUAACCUCUAUCAUCUUAUUCAAUCAGUACUGAAAAAAUCCAUUUUGACUAUAGAAAUAUGAGUAUCUCAUUUUGUAUAUGUUUGGAGCUAUUACUUAUUACUAGGUAUAGACUUUAUUUUAGGUUGUUUUAACUGCUAAGUACUGGACCAUGUAUUGUAAUGUAAUAUCUUAUAUUUCACAUAUACGAGUCAAGGUUCUUUUUAGCUUCUAA